AUGCCGCCCUUCAACCUUGGGCGCCCACAGAUAAACAAUUUCCCGAACGGACAGUCCCCUCCCCAGAACGACGGUGUGUGGCAUCGCGCAAACGCUGGCCGCCCUUGUCUGGACAUUUGUGUGCCCUCAUACAACAACCUCAACGACCACACCUCUCCUACUGAGUUUGAGCCCGCCCCUUGGUCACAGCAUCGUGCGUUCAGCCGUGGUUUUCCCUUGCCCUCCCCUCCAUGGGAGACGGUUCCCCUACGCCGCAACAACGGGCGCGGCUUCAAGAACAACAAUGGAAACACUUCAAAGUCCCAGUGGUUCAAGGUUGAUGGAGGUCUCAUCACCAACGAUGGCCAGGUAGUCCAACAUGUUCGUGACAAAGCCCGCCAAGAAACGCACCAGGACCCGUCGUCGACUUCCGGCUUUAUUGAUCGGUGCAACCUCAUUGUUCGGGGCCUUGAUUCGGAUAUCAACUCGGCCUACCUGGUUCAUGUGUUUGAACUUUUCGGUCCUAUCAAGUCAACAAGGGUCAUGCGUGACGCUGCUGGUCGCUCGCGCGGAUUCGGUUUCGUCAACUUCACUUGCAUUGAGGACGCCAAUAACGCCCAGAGAACGAUGGACGGAACCAAGCUUGGAGACAAGUGGAUCAAGGUUUCCCACCACCGGCCUCUCAACCCACGUCGCGAGCAGGGGACGGGCCUUUCGCCAGCUGCUCAAGCCUCUAAUCUUACUCGUGAAAACACCGGUGCCAGCGCUACUGGCGAGAGCAAGCCACUGAAGCUCGCUGUUACGACCAACAAGUCGAUUGUCCCUGCCAUCGCAGAGACUGCAGACGCUGGACCAAGUACUUUGACUACCAAGGUUGAGUCUAAGCAGGCGCAUGUCAAGGUGGGCCCGACCAAGUCGUCGAGCAAGCCCGACAAGGGCAAAAACACAAAGGCGACAACCUCGAACAAGAUUGAGGAGGUUUCGGAUCUUCUUGCCAGUGUUAACCUUGGCGAGCUCACCUUCGAGAGGCUGUCCGGGAUGGCACCCUCUCGCGUCUUGCAGAUCCUGACCUCUGAUGAUGGUGCGCUCAUCCACCGCCUCGACCUGGCAAAGUGUGAGCCCCAGCUUCUGCCCUCAUUCUGGGGUGACAAGAAUCCACAGCGACUGGACGUGAUUCGAUACGUUAACAAGGUCGCACCCCCACGGUAUCACGGCAAGAAGCGCAGCGAUAUUACCAUGAGCAUUCGAGCCUUUGUCAACAGUCUGAGUGAAACAGAAGAGUGGGACUUUGUCAAGCUCCUUCCUUAUCACAAGCUCAUCAUUGCGAUGGCCCUCAAGGACUAG